AUGCAAUAUAUAAAAAUGGUAAUUUGUGGUGAUGGAGCAGUUGGUAAAACAAGUUUAUUAAUUGCAUUUGCAUCAGGUGAAUUUCCUAGAGAUUAUCAACCAACAGUAUUUGAUAAUUUUAGUACAUUAUAUAUGUUUCAAAAUAAAGCCUAUAAUUUAGGAUUAUUUGAUACAGCUGGUCAAGAAGAUUUUGAUAGAUUAAGACCAUUAGGAUAUAACGAUACUGAUUUAUUUUUAAUAUGUUAUUCUGUAAUAAAUCCACCAUCAUAUGCUAAUGUUUAUGAUAAAUGGUAUUCCGAGAUUAAAUUAUAUACCGGAUCUGAAAUUCCAUUGAUACUAGUUGGAACACAAAAUGAUUUGAGGCAUGAUAAAGCAACUCGUGAAACUUUAGCAUUGAAACAACAAGCUCCAAUCUCAUAUGAAGAAGGUAUGAUGAUGAGAAAAAGAAUUGGUGCUAAAGCUUUCACUGAAUGUAGUGUUGUAAGUGGUAAAAAUGUUAAACAAGUUUUUGAAGAAGCAAUUAAAGUUUAUCAAGAUAGACAAAUUGAAAUUUCAAAAUCAAAAGAAAAAAACAAUUGUAUAAUCUUAUAA